GAAAUGAUCAAAAGUAUUUGGUUGCAAUUUGGGACCAGUAACAGUACACUUGGAGCUACAUUCAUCAGUCGUGAUAACAAAAGCAUAGAAAGUACAGUAUUUCAUAGGAAUUGCAUUAGAGAAAGUUUCAGUUCUUGUUGAAAAAAUCAGAAUGUGGGGGUUAAUGUUCUGUCUUGUUUGACUAUAUAUAUUUGGCAAUAGGAUUAGAUGAUAGUACACAAGUA